UUCGGAGGUGUUAUUAAUGUAACAUUCGCGCAACGUGAUAUCGAAUUAUUUAUUCUACAUAAAUAACUGGCGUGCUUAUGAAUUCAAAGAUAAACCAUCUAGACGAUGUAAAAAUCAGUAAAAGGCUCUCCUAUUUACUUCGUCAUGGAGCUAUACGCGAAGGUCUCGACAUAAAUCCGGAUGGUUUCGUUUCCCUAGUUGAAGUCCUGCAGAAACUGCCCGAUUGCACAACCGCCGAUAUCAGGCGAGUCGUCUCCACGAACUCUAAAAAUCGAUUUACCCUGGUAGAAGACGAGGACAGAGGUCUCCAGAUAAAGGCGAACCAAGGUCACUCAUUACCGAGUGUCAACCGACUCUCCCUGAAGCCCUUGAUCAAUCCCAAUUUCCAAAUAAUCCACGGUACCUACCUUAGGAACUGGAACAUUAUAAAAACGCAAGGAUUAUCUCGUAUGAAGAGGAACCACAUACACUUCUCUAAAGACUUGAACUUCACCUGUGGCUUGAGAAGAACCGCCGAAGUGUUCAUCUUCAUAAAUUACUCUCAAUCAAUUGAAAACGGAAUUGAAUUCUUCGAGUCUGAGAAUGGAGUCAUUCUGAGUCCAGGAGAUGAAUAUGGAGUGAUAGAACCCAGAUAUUUUUCAAAAGUUGUGACGAGAGAUAACAAAUUAUUAUCGAGUAAUAACUCAACUAAUUAACUCAUUAAA